AUGGGCAUCGCCAUAAACCCCAAGGACCCCAACACAUUCGCCUCAGCCUGUCUCGACAGGACUGUCAAGAUCUGGUCGCUGGGCAGCUCGACGCCCAACUACACUCUCGAGGCGCAUGAGACGAAGGGAGUCAACUUCAUUGACUACUACCCACAAUCCGACAAGCCGUACCUCCUCACAACUUCCGACGACCGAACCGUCAAGGUCUGGGACUACACCACCAAGGCCCUGAUCGCAACUCUCGAGGGCCACACAUCAAACGUCAGCUUCGCCGUAUACCACCCCGAGCUGCCCGUCAUAAUUUCAGGGUCCGAGGAUGGCACAAUCAAGAUCUGGCACUCGUCAACAUACCGGUUAGAGCAGUCGCUCAACUACGGCUUGGAGCGUGCGUGGUGUGUCGCCAACCAGAAGGGCAAGAAUGGCAUUGCGCUUGGUUUCGAUGAUGGCGCAGUUGUCAUUACCAUGGGUCGCGAAGAGCCGGCAGUCAGCAUGGACGCUGGUGGCAAGGUGCUCUGGGCAAGACAUAACGAGAUCCUCACCUCGGUCAUCAAGGGAAGCGAUCAGCUAAAGGAUGCUGAACGGCUCACACUCCCCUCCAAGGACCUUGGCUCGACCGAGAUCUACCCGCAAUCUCUCCUCCACUCUCCAAACGGACGAUUCGUCGCUGUAUGCGGUGAUGGCGAAUACAUCAUCUACACAGCGCUAGCGCUCCGUAACCAGGCUUUCGGCUCGGCUUUGGACUUCUGUUGGGCAUCGAAAGAGCACGAUAAGGACUACGCGAUCCGGGAAUCAUCAACCAGCGUCAAGAUCUUCCGCAACUUCAAGGAGAGGAGUGUUCUCAAUGUUGGCUUCUCUGCCGAUGGUCUGAGCGGUGGUGUGCUUCUUGGUGUGAAGGGCCAGGGUGGCAUUGACAGUGUACGGACCGGUUGCUGGGUUGGUGACUGCUUCAUCUACACCAACAGCACUAACCGCCUGAACUACCUUGUUGGUGACCAAACCUACACAAUUUCCCACUUCGACUCACCCCACUACGUCCUCGGCUACCUGCCUCGCGACUCUCGCAUCUACAUCGCCGACAAGGACGUGAAUGUUGUUUCCUUUGCUCUCUCCUUGGCAGUUGUCGAAUACCAAACGCUCAUUCUACGUGGCGAUCUGGAAUCCGCAGACGAACUAUUGCCAACAGUACCGAAGGACCAGAACAACAAGAUUGCUCGCUUCCUUGAGGGCCAAGGAUACAAGGAGAAGGCGCUCGAAGUUGCAACAGACCCCGAGCAUCGCUUCGACCUUGCACUGUCUCUCGGCGAAUUGCAAACAGCGGUCAGCAUCGCCCGCGAGCAAGAUACUGAGCAUAAGUGGAAGACGGUCGGCGACACUGCUCUCGCAGCAUGGGACAUCAAGCUCGCGCAAGAGUGCUUCGUUAAAGCAAAGGACCUUGGAUCUCUCCUCCUUCUCUACAGCGCCACGUCUGACCAGGCCGGUCUGCGCGAACUCGCCUCGCUAGCCGAGAACGCCGCAAGCAACAACGUAGCGUUCUCCGCCCUCUGGCAGGUUGGCGAUAUCCCCGCCUGCACCGACCUCCUCGUCAAGACCAACCGCUUUGCCGAAGCCGUCCUCUUUGCGCAAACGUACAAGCCCAGCACUGCCCCUGCGCUCGUCAAGCAGUGGAAAGAGAGUCUCGAGAAGGAGAACAAGGCCAAGGUUGCGAGGUUGUUGGGCUCGCCGCCGGCUGAUGGCGAGGGUGACGAUGAGAUGUUCCCCGAGUGGGAGGAGUAUCUGAGGCUGGAGAGGGAGGGUGGGACUGUUGAGGAUUUGCUGAUUCAGGAGGAUGAGGGCGAGGCGGAGGAUGCGGCGGAAGAGGUUGUUGAGGAGGACGGGGAGGAAGAAGAGGAGGACGAUGAGGAUGAGGAUGAUGAUGACGACGAGGACGACGAUGAGGAGUAG